AUGGUGCCGUAUAACAGACAGCAAGGGGACGAUGGCGUGACACACGCCCGCUGUACAUGGGACGGCGGGAUAUGCGGCAUUACGCUCGACGACCUGACGCCGUCCGGCGUCAUCCGCCACCUCAAGGCGUUCCACUUCAACAACCCCCUGAACGCCUGGGAGAACAAGAAGCGCGGUGUGUGUCGCUGGGGCCAUGACUGCUCCGGUUGCGAGAUGAACUACGAGAGCCUGGGCAAGCACAUCGCGAGCGUCCACUUGCGCAGCACGGCGCGCCCGUGCACAGUCUGCGGGCGGCAGUUCGCGAGGACGGAUACCCUCAGUCGACACCAGUUGGAGAAUUGUCCAGGCGCAUGA